GGCCGCUUAGCGAAGGCUGUGCUUGACUCCGGAUCGCGCCUCAGAUCAAGCUGACGCGGCGCCAUUGGGAAGGGAGGGCCCUCCUACCUACUGGACAGUGGUGGCCUUUCCUCCUGCGAUUUAAAACCUUCAGAAUUCGAAUAUUUUCCCCAUAGUCCCUCGCGUCCCGCCCACUCUGGGUCCCGCCUUCCUGGCUCGGAUUUCGCACAGGCGCAGAGAGGAGCGCGCACAGCCUUUUGGGAUUAGUAGUUUCUUCAGGGACAGUUCGCCUCCAGAAGGGAGCGGAAGGACGGGCCAGAGACUACAAAGCCCGGCGUCCUCGGAGUCCGGUGGGCGGUGAGAAGGAGUGGGGGGGACGACAAACCCGGGCUUUUAAACCUUAAUUUUAAGGCGGCGUGGUGGGGGAAUCCCCGAGUACGUCACUGAUCCAGGCUGAGAGGCAGGACUGCAGAAGUGGCGGUGGGGUCCCCGCCCUGUGAAGACGGGGGAUAUUAGCGCCGAGUCUUUGCCGUCCUCUCCCCCGUGUUUUUCUGGGGGCCUGAGUAGGUCCCGCGCUUGUCUGUGGAAGGCGGAAACGGCUGCGGGGACCGUCUCUGCGGAGGGGCCUUGUCCUCGCCCGCCAUGUCCGGGGGCUUCGAGCUGCAGCCCUUAGACGGCGGCCCUGGGAUGGCCCUGGCGCCAGGGGAGACGGUGAUCGGUCGCGGGGCGCUGCUGGGAAUAACAGACAAGAGAGUGUCCAGGAGACAUGCCAUUCUCGAGGUGGUGGGUGGUCAGCUUCGAAUCAAACCGAUACACACGAAUCCAUGUUUUUAUCAGUCUUUUGGGAAGAGCCAGCUAUUACCAUUGAAGAUAAAUCUAUGGCACUGGUUGAAUCCUGGAGAUUGUUUUUCUUUGUUAGUUGACAAGUACAUUUUCCGUGUUUCCUCUACACGCUCUGAAAGGGAAAUGGAAUGUACUUUAAGGUUUUCAUUUUACUGUGGAAACCCUGGUAGUGAAGUGGUUAAGAGCUCAGAAGCUAACCAAAAGGUCAGCAGUUUGAAUCCACCAGCCACCCUUUGGGAACCCUGUGGGGCAGUUCUGCUCUGUCCUAUAGAGUCACUAAACAGUCAAAUGCUUGAAGAAGAUAAUGUGUUGGAUGAGACAUCAAAAACCCCCUUGAUUCAUUUGCCUGAUGGAAAAAGUAGUGCCCCACAGCUGGAAAAAAGCACGGAAAUAGCCAACACCCCAACUAUGACUACAAAGAGCAGGUCUGUUGUAGAGGAAAGUGGAGACUUCAGUAAACAGCAGCCGAAUCUUGCCCAGAGGAAAAGAAUUCUUCCAGCUUGGAUGUUAAAAGAAAACCUAAGUGACCAAACCCUUUCAACACCAGUCAACAGUGGAGGUAAUGGUGUAAUCCAGGAAUAUGAAAAAGAAGAAAUCUGCAAAGGUAAAACACAAGUAAGCGUAACACAGCAAGGAAGAAAGCGAUUAAUUUCAUCACGAAAUUCAGAGAGCACAUCAGCAGAGCAAGACCCAGGAAAAAAGUGCAAAAAUGUUGAUCAGGAAGAAUCCAGUAUUUCAUCCAAGGAGACGCCGCAGUCAUUUUCUGCAGUUGCGUUAAGUAGCACGGAGGUGAGUGAUGUGAAGACUGAUACACAGAGAGAGGAAUUGCCAAUACAGAAACUUGACAAGAUUUCUGAACAGAGAAUCAUCACUAAACGAACACCAAAUAAAAAAGACCAGGCAGCGAGCUCUUCUGAGAGUAGUUUGAGUGCCCCAGGCAACUCAUGCCGCGUUGAGGUCCCAGGAUCUCAUCCCGAGUCCGGCUCUGAUCCCUCCAGCCCUGAAACUUCACAUGCAGAGGUGACUGUUUCAGUUCCACAAGGUUCUGAAGAAGACAAGGCCAAAAGGACAUCCUGUAUGUACGGGGCAAACUGCUACAGGAAGAAUCCUGUCCAUUUUCAACACUUCAGCCACCCUGGUGACAGCGAUUAUGGAGGUGUACAAGGCAUGUAUCAAGAUGAGGCUGAUGACCGGCCCGAAUGUCCCUAUGGAGCAUCUUGCUAUAGGAAGAAUCCCCAGCACAAGACAGAAUAUAAACAUAGUACCCCACCAGUGAGAAGCAAUUUAGAUGAAGAUGAUGAUGAUGUUGGGCAACCCAAUGAGUAUGACCUGAAUGACAGCUUUAUAGAUGAUGAGGAGGAGGAAGAGUAUCAGCCAACAGAUGAAGACUCUGACUGGGAGCCAGGAAAGGAAGACCAAGACAAGGAAGACGUUGAAGAACUUUUGAAAGAAGCGAAAAAGUUUAUAAAAAGAAAAAAGUAACUUCUUUUCUGGAAUAAUAUAUGGCAUCAUAUCUACUUUGUCUUUCGGGAAAAAAAAGUCUAUGAACUAAGGAGGCACUUGAGAAAUAAUUGUUUUCCUCCUUUUAAUAGUUAGGAUUUUUACUAUUGACUCUUUGUAGAUGAGACAUUGAAAUGUCUGCCUUUAUUUUGUUGCCUUCCUUUUUCUAUCCUAAUUAAACCAUUUGGAAAUAGGAAGGAGACUGAGAAGUUAAAGAGUAACAAUUGAUACUUUUCAUGGACUUUGUGUAUUAGUAAUAAAAAGUAAAAGCCAUAGGUUUGCACAAACUUUUGUUUUUUUCUGUUUUCAAAGGUCCUCUCUUUAUAAAACACUAUGCAGAUAUAACCAGGCAAAUUACAGUGUGAGUGGGGAAGCUUUCCUCUUUCAAUGCUGUUAAAGUAGUUGUUCAAGUGGAAGCAGGCUUUAAAGAAUGACAGCCAUCAUAUAAUGGCUUUAAUUUUUUUGGUAUCCUAGAUGUGAGCCUUGUGACUUCAUUUACUUUUAUUCUUUGAGUCUUGGGGAGAUUAGUACCAAAUGAAUACUGAAAAUAGGUUCAACCAGGUAUAGAACGGAGAGGUUUACCGUAGGGAAAGUUACUUUGUGUCCCACAUCUACUAUAAUUUACUGUAUGUCUGAGUUCAAAAGUAGAAAGGCUCAAAGAACUUAAAAGUUUUUUUUUCCCCAAAAUAAAGUCUCAUCUAGUUAUUUUAAUUCUGUAUGUGCUAUCUAUUCAUUCAGAAUAUAGAAAUAGUUUUUAACCACAAUUUUUCAAAUGACAUUAGUUCUUUUGUCCUCUGGUGAAAAGUACCGAGUUGUGUGCCAGUGUUCAAGAUCCUGGUUUCUUAUAUCAAGAAGAAACCACUUCACCAGUUCUAUGAAGUGUUUAUGCCUUUGUGUCUCCGUUCUUAAACUCCUUUAGACCCUGGAAUGCUCUUCGUUUUAGGUGAAUUAGAAUCUUUGAAAUAUAGUUUAGAAUUUUUAAUAACAGUUGGUUAUGUGUACAUAGAGCAGGAGGUAUCUUAUUUAAAGCAUAUAUCACCAAACCAAUAAACACUAAUAUUUGUACUCUAAGGAAACCUAAAAAUUUAUGUCUUAAAAGAGAAACGUAGGUUUAUAAUAUUGUUUUCUUAAUGUUUUAAUUAUAUUUUAAAGUAAUUGCAUAAUAUUAAAAUUCACUCAAACUGAGUUAAGGAUGGGAUAAACUUUUCUCCAGACUGUUAUUACCUGUUAUUUUGACUUUGUACCUGUUGUUUUUUGGGAACUCAUUUUCCCCCUCUCCUGUCCCUUUGGUCUUGGGGGCUUGACAAACCUGUGAAUAAAAUCUUUAAACUUACUUUCAACCCUGGACUGACUUAAUCCUUAAAGUGUUCUUCAAUCCAUUCCUAGGUAUCUACCCAAGAAAAAUUAAAAACAUAUGUUCCCACAAAAACCUAUACACAGAUGUCCAUAGAAGCAUUAUUCAUAAUAACCAAAAAGUGAAAAUAACCUAAAUGUUCAUUAACUGAUGAAUGGAUGAACAAAAUGUGGCACAUCCAUACAAUGGAAUGUCAUUUGACCAUAAAAAGCAAUGAAGUACUGAUAACAUGCUACAACAUGGAUGAACCUUGACAAUAUGCUAAGUGAAAAAACCCAGACACAAAAGGCCAUCUAUUGUAUGAA